AUGAGCGCAUUGGCAGCUGCCCGCUACGGCAAGGACAAUGUCCGCGUGUGCAAGGUUGACCGCGAUGAGAAGACCGGAAUCCAGACUGUCGUGGAGAUGACCGUCUGUGUCCUGCUGGAAGGCGACAUCGAGACCUCUUACACCAAAGCCGACAACAGUGUCGUUGUCGCAACCGACUCGAUCAAGAAUACCAUCUUCAUCACAGCCAAGCAGAACGAUGUAACCACACCGGAGCUGUUCGGCUCGAUUCUGGGCACACACUUCAUCGAGAAGUACAGCCACAUCCACGCAGCGCACGUCAAUAUAGUGACCCACCGCUGGGUGCGCAUGGAAGUCGACGGCAAGCCUCACCCGCACUCGUUCAUCAAGCCGGGAUCCGAGACGCGAGAUGUGCAAGUUGAUGUCAUUGAGGGCAAGGGCAUCGACAUCAAAUCUGCCAUCAAUGGCUUGACCGUGCUGAAGAGCACCGGUUCGCAGUUCUGGGGUUUCGUCCGCGACGAGUACACCACCCUCAAGGAGACCUGGGACCGUCUCCUCAGCACCGAUGUCGCAGCGAAAUGGCAGUGGCGCCGCUUCAAUGGUCUUGCCGAUGUCAAGGCGAACUUUGAGAAGUUCAAUGCUGCUUGGGAGGCGGCCCGCGCUGUCACCCUCAAGACAUUUGCUGAGGAUAACAGUGCUUCUGUCCAGGCGACGAUGUACAAGAUGGCAGAUCAGAUUCUUGCUGCUGUGCCUCUGCUGGAUACCGUCGAGUAUGCUUUGCCUAAUAAUCACUUCUUCGAAGUUGAUCUCAGCUGGCACAAGGGUAUCAAGAACACUGGCAAGGAUGCCGAGGUGUACGCCCCUCAGUCCAACCCCAAUGGUCUCAUCAAGUGCACUGUUGGUCGUGCUGGGCAAAAAGCUAAGCUGUAA